AUGGGGAUGCUCCGCACGUUUAGCCUGGGACUGUUCGCCGUCCUAGUGGCCGUGUUGUACGGGCCCGUCGCCCAUAUCAUCAGGAUUGGAGGCAUCUUCCAGAGUCCCCAGCAGACCGUGUUUCCAGAAGGACAUGGCCCAAUCCACAUUGAGGAUACCAUGCACUGCGAGGAUUUACACCACUACCGUCCGGCCAACCUCCUCUUUACUGCGUGCGAGGACUCGAAGACAACGCGGUUUAGCUGGUUCCCGGGGCUGGGCCAUCUUUCGAAGCUGCCGACGACACCGGGAUCUAUUCAUGUCAUUGAUCCGAAGGUAAGGUUUGCCAAGCACCCAGUGUGA